UUGGUAUCUGUAAAUAUGAACUUUUCAAUUAUUGUUUUUCAGACUGUGAAACCAAGUAUUUCGCAGCUCAAUUCACCGAAUUCCAGUGACAUCCCCGUUGUUUGGCGGGGUAAAACAGCAACUAGUCAACCAUCGCAGGCUGCUGAUCCAUCACUUUCAAAGUCUGGUAUGUUUCCAGUCGCAAAACUAGAAGAAACGUUCAAGCCAGCCUCGACUAAACACUAUGAAAAAGAAGAUUGUAAUGGAGGACUGGGUAGUUCUAAAAUGUUGAACUUUUUAGAAACCAAUGGUGCAAGGUCAACUCCAAAAACGUAUGGUGGUAAUGCAAGAUUGUCAGAGUCUGAUUCGACUUCAGUCACUCCUAAAACUGAAAAUCCAAUUAGCGUAGAUCAAACAUUGAAAAUAGUUACGAGUAAUUGCAAUGAAAAUGUGGUAAAUAAUACGAGAUCAAAACGGAAGUCACUAUUCGAUUUUAUGUUAUAAACAAGGCAGCGCUCUCAAUUAUUUAUUAUCCAAAAAAAUGUAUACACACUUUGACAAUGAAAUCUUUGUAACGCGCUAUCAGGCCGUUUAAGACCCCCCGUACAUAGUAAGGAUUGGUUCUUAGUAUAGUACUCCAAUUCUUCAUAAGAAGGAUUGGUUCUCAUGAAAUUUGUUUUUUUGUUUUUUUUUCAUGUUCACUGUCAAUUAAUGUACACAUUUUUUUGGACCCCUAUGUAUCGAUCGAUCGAUCAUCAUUCGA